CGCUCCUGAGCUGUCGUGGCAUCAGCACGAUGCAGCUUUUAAUUCUGAGGACAGCGCUGCUGAGCGCCGCGCUGCUCACCGUGAGCGCCGGCCGCUCAUACGAUGAAUGUGAAACUCUGCCUUCAACCAUACACGUCACGCAGGAGGAACGAGACGACAACGGGCGCCUGAUCAGGCAAUGUGAGGAGGACGUGUUGGUGAGCAAAUGCGAGGGAUCCUGCCAGUCUAAAGUGCAGCCUUCGGUGAACACCUUGAGUGGCUUCUACAAGGACUGUCGAUGCUGUCGCGAGACAUCGCUGCAUGAACGCGAAGUGUUGCUGACGCGCUGCUACGACGGCGACGGGAUAAUGCUUGGUGGCUCCAAGGCGACCAUGAAAAUAACCAUGAAGGAGCCGUCAGACUGCACCUGCUACAAGUGUGGCGACCCCACGCGAUGAGCCGUCAGACUGCACCUGCUACAAGUGUGGCGACCCCACGCGAUGAGCCGUCAGACUGCACCUGCUACAAGUGUGGCGAUCCCACGCGAUGAGCCGUCAGACUGCGCGUGCGGUCGACAAUCGCUAGCACAUGCAUAAAAACAAUUCAAUGUAUCAUUUGGCUGGAACUAACUACGUUAAUUUGAGAUGUUCACGUAUAACUAACCUACCUACUAUGUACAUUGGCUUUAGUGCAUAGUAGUUGUUUUAAUUAGGUCAGGUUAGUUAGCACUGUUACGAUGUGCGUUACUGAAACUCUAUAGCAUUUUUGUAGCUGCAUACAAUAUGUAAUAACAUUACUCAUUACCUAUUGAUGAUGUUCUCUAUGUGGCGUAGAAAAUGAGGAACAAGUUUCUCUUAAUUCUAAAAUAGCAUCAUUUAAUUAGAGAGCAUACUAAUGCUCAAACUUGUGGGAACACUAUAUGUAAUCUUAUAUACCUUUACAUGCACCUACUGCAUUUAUACAUUUACCCACUGAUCGGCCCAAAGAACCCAACCGCUAACUGGUAUAAUUAUAUUAGUAUUUUAGUAUAUUAUUAGUGCAAAUAAAUCU